AUGACUUCCCCCAUCCGUCUGGGCAUAAUAGGCUACGGCUUCUCGACCAAAUGCUUCCACCUCCCCUUCAUCAACGCCCUACCCGCCGACUUCAAGGUAGUCGCGUUCUUCCAGAGAUCAGAAGCUCCAAAGGACCCCAAGGCCGCGGACCCGGGGUCGCAUUGCACGGUCGACUAUCCCGACGUCAAGCAUUACAGCCAGAAAGAGGACUUUUUCGCCGACGAGGCCAUUGACGCAGUGAUUGUCUGCAGCAGGCAGGACACACAUGCCGAGUAUGCUGCUAGGGCCCUGAAUGCCGGGAAACACGUCGUCGUGGAAAAGGCAUUCACCAGGACAACGGAAGAGGCCGACGAUCUGAUUGCCCUGGCGAAGCAAAAGGGCAAGAUCCUGACAGUGUUUCAGAAUCGAAGAUGGGACAACGACUUCCUAACCCUCCGCCACUUGAUCGCCGAAGACGCUCUCGGCACGAUCAAGGAACUAGAAAUUCACUACGACGUGGACUUCCCCUUCUGGAUGCGCAAUAUGAACAAGAAGGAAUACUCGCCCGGAGAAGGCAUGACAUUCGGCCUAGGAAGCCACACGCUCGACCAGGCGCUCCUCCUGUUCGGCCGCCCCUCGUCGGUCACAGGCUUCCUGCGCGUGCUACGAGGCAUCGACUCGGAGGUGGAAGACUCGUUCACGGCCAUCCUGCAAUACGAGGGCAGCCAGAAGGAUCUGCUCGUGACGGUCAAGACCAACGUCGUGUCUCCACUGAAGGAUCAGUUGAAGUAUGUGGCUAGAGGCACCAAGGGGAGUUACGUCAAGCACGGGACGUGUAUCCAGGAGGCACAGAUCCUCGGCAAACCGUCCCUGCCCGCGACAGACCCGUCGUUUGGUCACGAACCAUCUCAUCUGUACGGCAUGCUCGCAACCAAGAACGAGCCGUUUGACCGUGCCCAUCAGGUCCAUGAGCCUGAUGUGAACUUGUGGGUCGGUCGAUAUCCCACCAUCCCGGGCCGCUGGCUGGGCUUUUAUGAGAACUUGAGGGAUGCGAUACGCGGCAGGGCUGAGAUUGCUGUGAAGGCCGAACAAAGCCGGGAUGGGAUCCGGUUGAUUGAGUUGGUGAGGGAAAGUAGUCAGACGGGUACGAUUGUGAAAUGGCACUGA